AGCGCUCAGCUCUGGAAGACACUUUGCUUCAGACGGUCUCCUCAAAGCUCAAAUAGGGCGCCGACUUCCACCGAGACGGAGGAAAAAACGCCUGAAGCUUGCUUCAAAUAGGAAGAGAAUCCCAGUGAGUAAAAACUGAAUAAUUAAGAUAUAUUUGAAGUGGCGUAGUUUUGGUCGGAAGCAGCUGAAGACUGGGACUGAAAAAAGCGAAGAAGCCUGAACCGGCGUCGCAGCAACAGCUUUUAGGUUUGACCCACUCGUUGUGUUUAUCUAUUUUUGUUUUCCAUUCAGUACAAACCCAUUUCCCUCAGACACACACAAGCUGCUCUCUCUCUCUCUCUCUCUGUGUGUGUGUGUGUGUGCGUGUGUGUUUUAAAACCCGUGUGUCGUAAAUUUCCCCCGUUCAAUUUGAGCUGCUGGAGCAUCACAGCGCGACAAGUGAAAUACGAGAGAAGGAGCGGAAAUCAUUUACUGCUGGCGUUAAAGUUGAGGGGGAAAGAGCAAAGUGGUACCCGAGAUUAAAAGCAACCACAGGAUCUCAUUUUUUUUCAACCCAAAUCCAGAGUUAUUCACAGACUGAAUUACUAGAUUGUUGCAGAGAAUAAGCCGAUAAAACACACUGGAACGUAUUCACUUUUCUGUUCAUCAAUCCAAAUAAAAAGAGGCGUCGUGGGUCUCACAAGCUCUCUGGAUCGCAGUGAGAGAUUACGGUUUUCUAAAACCUGCCUUUUUUGAACGCUUGGCUCGGGAAGCUGAAAGGCUUGGCAGUGGGGAAAAACUCCUGGAUCUUCAGUCCUGAUCUGCGCUGCCAGCUUUUGGAGCACCGAAACAUCGAGGCUCUUCUGCCGCAACACGCCGCGCGGGGCAGGAAGAGCUGCUGGAGUGAACCGGACUUUCUCCACCGCUUUUACGCGUGAGGAUGAACCCGAGAGGCAGCAGUGAGAGAUCCCGGAAUGGGAAUCUGCCUCUUUUCCUGAUCCUUCUCGCCUGCAGCUCCCACAUGUUGCACGGCCAAGAAGUUGCUCCCUAUUUGCGAGGAGGAGAACGGGGUCAGCAGGUGGUGCUGGAGGGAAACAGGCUGGUGCUGACCUGCCCAGCGGGAGGCAGCUGGCCUUUGCAGUACCGCUGGACUCUGAACAACACUAACAUCACAGACUGGACACCACAAUACAGGUUGUCGGUGCCAUCUCUGCAGAGGGCUGAUGCUGGCUUGUAUCAGUGCAUGGUGAAGAACAGAAUGGGGGCUAUAAUACACAGGAGAACAGAGAUACACGUUGCCUUUCUGGGAAAUUUCAGUUCUGGAGAGCAGAGGAAGACAGCAACUCAGGGCCGAGCCGUCAUCAUCAGCCCACCUCCACUGGCUUCGUUUCCCCAACCCCUGGUCACAUGGUACAAAGACGGACUUAAGAUCAUCCCCAACAACCGAUUAGCCAUCACUUUGGAAAAUCAGCUCGUUGUCCUGGUAACCACUCCAGCAGAUGCAGGACAUUACCAUGUAGAGGCAAUGAACGAGAUGACAGGAGAGAUUGUCACAAGCCCUGCUGUCUACCUCAACAUCUCAGAUUCUGGGUCAGAGCUUGUAGCUCCAGAUAUUGUAAUUGGACCUAAAAACACAACAGUUGUUUUGGGAAAGGAGGCUACGCUGGAAUGCAUUGCCAAUGCCAGACCGGUUGAUGGCCUUGCAGUGUUAUGGAAACAUAACGGACGUCGGCUGGGUAGUGGGCGUCGGCUUAUUGUUCCUGUUGCCACCUCCUCGGAUUCAGGGUUGUAUGUUUGUGAAGUGUUGGUUAGCAACAGCACUAUCAAACCCGUGGAGGCAAGGGCAUUCCUGACAGUAAUGGAGCCACCUUCACUGACUGUUCAACCCAAAAGGAAAGUCUUUGCCAAACUCGACAGAAAUAUAGAAAUCCCCUGCAAGGCUUCAGGUGUACCACAGCCAAGGAUUGAGUGGUAUAAGGACACAGUGCCUCUUUCCAAACUGGCCAACGCUCGCUACAGGGUCAGCUCGGCCGCUGGGCUGACCAUACGCAAGAUACAGCCAGGAGACGGAGGAAUAUUCCAGUGCUUUGCUCGCAGCCCAGCAGGAGAGAUUCAAGCUCACACAGAGCUCCUUGUUUCAAGUGCGGCUCCCACACUUCUGUCCCCUCCUUUUGACCAGACAGUAACUGAUGGUGACAUGGCUUUGUUUACCUGUCAGAACAGUGGCGCUCCAAAACCUGCCGUCACCUGGAGAAAAGGAUCACAAGUCAUAGCCAGUGGCUUGGCUCAGGUUCCCAGGUUCAUGCUGCUGCAGUCAGGCAGUUUGCAGAUUCAGCCAGUCAGCAUCCAGGAUUCAGGAGAAUUCACCUGCAUCGUGUCCAACUCUGAGGGAACCAUCAACACCACGGCUGCACUCACUGUGUGGAGUCGUACAGUUAUUUCUGUGCCUCCAAAUGACCAGCGUGUAAUCAAAGGAACCACAGCUGUUCUCACCUGUAAUGCAACACAUGACCCCAGAAUUAAUAUCAGCUUUAAGUGGUAUCGCAGCGGUGUGCCUGUGCUGCCGAGCAGCGGUGGCCGUGUUUCUGUGCAGCCAGGUUCUUUGACUAUUAGCCAGACGUGGUCAGGUGACAUUGGGGAUUACACUUGCAGCGUGAUGUCACAAGCAGGCAAUGACUCCCAGUCUGCACGCCUCGAAGUCAUUGAGCUACCACACUCUCCCCGCUCCCUAACGGCUCGUCUCAAUGACUCAGACUCCCGCUCUGUCCACCUGUCCUGGCUGCGGCCCUUUGAUGGAAACUCCCCUCUUCUCUACUACGUCUUGGAGCUCUCAGAGAACAAUUCUCCAUGGAAGGUCUACCUAUCUGAGGUGGAUCCUGCAGUGAGUGAGGUAUCAGUGGGCGGACUCACACCUGCAAGAACCUACCAGUUCCGACUCUGUGCUGUCAAUCAAGUGGGAAGGGGUCAAUAUAGUGCUGAAACACAGAGGAUGAUGCUUCGAGAAGAGGCGCCGAGUGCUCCCCCUAAUAACAUUGUGGCCAGCGGUCGCACAAACCAGUCCAUUAUGGUCCAGUGGCAGCCUCCUCCAGAAUCCGAGCUUAACGGUAUUCUUCGAGGAUAUGUCCUAAGGUACCGUCUGGCUGGGUUGCCGGGGGACUACCAAGAAAAAAACAUUAGCAGCCCAGAGACUAACUACUGUCUGCUGAAGGACCUCAUCAUCUGGACUCAGUACCAGAUCCAGGUGGCUGCCUACACAGGAGCUGGCCUGGGUGUCUACAGCCGGCCUGUCACAGAAUACACGCUGCAGGGAGUUCCCACAUCACCUCCACAGGAAGUGGAAGUUGUGGCUAUUAAUUCGACCUCCAUCCGUUUCACAUGGAACUCUCCACCUCAGCAGUUCAUUAAUGGUAUCAACCAGGGGUACAAGCUCCUUGUCUGGCCGGAACAAUCUCCUGAGGAGGUUAGAGUGGUAAUCAUCACUCCUGACUACCCGAGCUCCCGGCACACAGGAUUAGUCAGCGGUCUCAGGAAGUUCACCUGGUACUACGGUUCAACUCUCUGCUUCACCACACCUGGAGAUGGCCCCUGCAGUGCACCCACCCUUCUUCAGACACACGAGGACACACCUGGACGUGUUUGCCACCUGAGCUUCACUGAAAUCCUCGACACAUCCCUUCGAGUCAGCUGGGCUGAGCCACAGGACAAGAAUGGCAUCAUCACUGCCUGCUUCCCAACUCCCCUGACAGGUUACAUGCUGUGGUGGGAGGUGCCUAGUGUAAGGUCAAGCAGAGUGGAGCGCUCCUUGUCCAACUCUACUUUGGAGUACCAGCUGUCAGGCCUCACCUCCACCACUACGUACACCAUUCAGGUGGCAGCGCUGACGGGUGCAGGACAGGGCCUGGUCACGUCUUCCACCGUGUCCACCGGCGUCCCACCAGAGCUUCCUGGGGCUCCCUCCAACCUGGUUAUCUCUAACAUUAGUCCACGAACAGUGACGCUCAGGUUCCGCCCUGGUUCUGAUGGUAAGACCGUCAUAUCCAGAUGGAUCGCUGAAGGACAGGUGGUGAAGGAGGAUGGGAGAGAGGAGGCAUGGAGAGUCGUUUACCAGAAAGACAACAAGCCGAAUGCAGACACGCUGGAGAUCCAGAGCCUCACUCCCUUCACUCAGUACAGGUUUAGGAUCAGGCAGGUGAACAUCAUUGGUUCCAGUCCAAUGAGCGCCCCCUCUAGGCUGAUUCAAACACUACGGGCUACCCCUGACACCUACCCAUCCAACCUGAGCCUCGUGUCUGUGACACAGACCAGUCUACAUUUUAGCUGGAAGCCUCUUCCACAGUCAGAGUACAACAGCAGCCCAGAGACUGUGGGCUACCGGAUCCGUGUUUGGAGGACAGAUGGAGAUGGGGAGGACAGAAUUGAGGACAUAAAGGGUGGAGUUGGAACCACUGAAGCCACAAUAGAUGGGCUAAGUCCCUGGACCCACUACCAGGUUCAGAUCCAGGCCUCAAACUCCAUAGGACCAGGACCAUGGAGCCAAACAGUCCCAGCAUGCACCGCAGAGGCUGCUCCAUCUAGAUCUCCAGAAAAUGUAACUGCUGAGGCAGUGAGUUCCUCCAGGAUCAUACUCACCUGGUCUGCUCUUCCUGAGACACAAAGGAACGGACUCAUUAUUGGGUAUAAGGUGUUGUACCGUGAGAAAGACUCAGACACUCCCCCUAGUGUUCAGGUGGUACAAGGAGACAGAAAUCUAACACUGCUUCUGAGUUCCCUUCAAAAAUAUAAAAUGUAUGCACUGCAAGUGUUGGCGUUCACACAGGUUGGAGACGGCCCUGCCAGCAGCCCUGUCCUCCUCAGAACCAAAGAAGACGUACCUGGUCCCCCAAUCCGUAUGAUGUUUCCAGAGGUUCGACUGACAUCGGUUCGGGUGGUCUGGCAGCCUCCUGCGUUUCCCAACGGCAUCAUUUUAGGCUACCAAAUAUCAUACUGCCUUUACAGCAGGGACCCUCUGCGGUGGACCACUGUGGAAGUGGGCUCCAAUGCUCGCCAGUUCACUGUCACAGGCCUCUCCUCUGAACACACCUACGUGUUUUGCCUCACAGCUCGCACUGCCAUGGGCUGGGGCGAGCAACAGGAGGCCCUGGUAAUUACCACUGAACGCAGAGAGCGCCCCCAACCGCCCAGGAAGCUUUCUGUUCCUCAGGAUGAGGUGGAGGCUCGCCGACUUCGUGUUUACUGGGCAACUGGUGGCUCGGGCUCCUCUCCUCUGAGGUACUUCACUUUGCAGCUCAAGGAGCUGCCGAAUGGGCCCUGGAAGACCCACACAGCUGACAUCCCACACAAUGUGACAUCCUGGACAGUCAACAGGCUGAAGCCCUUCACAUCAUACAAGAUUCGAAUGCUGGCCACCAAUGACGUAGGAGACAGUGUCCUCAGCAAGGAGACAGAGGCUGUUACUACUCUUCCGGAUGUUCCUAAUGAGCCUCCAGUGAUCCUCUCAGUGAAACCAACAACUACUACCUCAGUGAUGGUGCAGUGGAAGCGCCCCAGUGAAGACAGUAUUAAUGGAGUCCUGACUGGAUACAGGCUGUAUUACAGGGAGCUUCCUGUAAAUGGAUCCACUGCCAGGGAUGGCCGAGUCCAGACAACCAAAAACCAUAGCACAAGUGCCCUCAUUACAGGUUCAACACCAGAUGGAGCCAGCCACAGAAACGAAAUUUUAGCUGAGAAAAACUUCUACCGUGAGUCACCAGAAAUGGCAACACCGCAGAAACACAAAAUAGCAACCAAGAGCACCUUCAAGACAGUCAGCAGUGCCUCACUCACAGAGUUUGAGCUGACACAACUAAAGAAGUUCAAACAUUAUCAUAUUGUGAUGACGAGCUACAACAUUGUUGGUGAGAGCCGUCCAUCUGCUCCUGUUGAGGUGACUGUUGGAGAGGCAGCUCCUUCGGUGGCGCCUCAGUUGAUCAAGGUGUCAGCCAUGUCUCCCUCCACCCUGGAAGUGACUUGGGACAUGCCGCCUCUGGAGACCCAGAAUGGACUCAUCCAAGGCUACAAGAUUCAUUACUGGCAAAGAGACAACCAGAACCAGACUGAGAAGAUGAAGGUGAUUUUUGUACCAGAUACCUGUGUUCACCUCACAAACCUGACCAGCUACACACCAUACAUGGUCACACUGACUGCCUUUAACACAGCUGGGGAUGGACCUCCCAGUGACCCCCGCGGGGCCCGAACCCUGCAGUCUGCGCCCAGCCGGCCGAGCUACCUGACCUUCUCUGAAGUGACGGGGGAGAGCGUCAACGUGACCUGGGGUGCUCCACUCACUCCCAAUGGGCAAGUGGAAGGCUACCGGGUCAUCUAUCAGUCCACUGCUCCUGUACAAGGAGUGAGUAAAGUGGUGACAGUUGAUGUGAAAGGGAGCUGGCAGCGAUGGCUAAAAGUUCGAGACCUGAUCAAAGGAGCAACGUAUAUGUUUGGGGUUCAAGCUCUCACAGUCAGCUACGGAUCAGCAGUGGAAGCAAACAUCACAGCUCAACCUGUGAAAGGGUCCCCUGGACCGCCGGUGGAAAUGUCCAUCACCAAAACAUCCUCUGCCCUCACCAUCCACUGGUCAGAAGGAGACAUGGGUGCAGCUCCUGUUACUGGUUACAUUGUGGAGGCGCGUCCCUCAGAUGAGGGAGUCUGGGAUUCCUUCAUCCGACUCCUCCCUCCAGCCAGCAGGUCCAUCUCCAUGCCCCUGGAGCGUCUGAGGUUGGGAGUCAGCUAUGAAUUCAGAGUCAUUGCUGUGAAUCGCUAUGGUUACGGACAGCCAAGCGCACCCUCCAUGGCUCUUGCUGCAUUGUCGGAGCGUCCUUUUUAUGAAGAGUGGUGGUUCCUGCUGGUGAUGGCUCUGGUGGGCCUCAUCGUCAUCCUGGUCCUGGUCUUUACUCUGCUCUUGCAUGGACACAACACCAAAUACAAGGCCUGUAGUACAGGAAAGCACAUUACUCCAGGGGAGGAGUCAGUAACCCUUGACAAUGGAGGUUUUACUUCUCUGGAGCUAAACAGCAGAGUACUCAACACCAAGAACUCCUUCCUCAAAAAGAAUGGGACCAGAUCUCCACCCAGGCCCAGUCCAGGCGGGCUCCACUACUCUGAUGAAGAUAUCUGUAACAACUAUAACGGAGCCAUGCUCACUGAAAGCACCACACUCACAGAGAAACCCACUGAGGUCUCUGAAUCAGAGUUAACGGACAGCGACUACGAGGAUGAACAGCCAAAGCACUCCUUUGUCAACCACUACAUGAGCGACCCUACCUACUACAACUCCUGGAAGCGGCAGCCCAAAGGCCUCAAAGGGUCAGGAAAUCCUUUUGCCUACGAGGAGUGUGCCACCACUGACACGGAGCCCUACUAUCAGACGGUGGUGACGCAGCACAGCACAGGGGGAGCUUACACACCCACAGGACAGCCCGUGCACACACACAUCAACCCCAGCGCGAACCCGCCGGGGUCACGCACUCCUAUGACGGGGUUUUCUUCCUUCGUUUGACUCUAGAGACAGCAUUUGCACAAAAAAUGCACAAACACACACACACACCCACAUGGAUGAAAGGGGGUGCUGCCAUGUGAGUGGGCUGAAGGAACUGGGGACAAAGGAGCUGUCACAUCCCACAGAACUAAACUCACACUUCUUACUCGCCUUCGUCUCUGUUCAUGAAGACCCUGUGUUCAGUGUGUGCUCUUUUUCUGCGUGUGCUAAAACGCACUGUUACCGUCCUCAUUGUUCACAAAUUCUUACCAGCUUAUUUAACCAGAUACUCCUGUCUACUUCAGAGACUCUCCAUAGAGAGCCAUAAUGACUGUAUUUAUGUGUUGAGCCCAUUAAUGUCUUGCUAAGACCCCCCCUGGAGCUGAAGAAAGCUGGAACUUCUGCACAAAACUUCUCGUCUGUUUUCUGUACCUACACUUAAGUGCACAAGUCCCCACUUAACGCAUUCUCUGAUGCACUAUUUCAGCAUCUCCAGCUGAGAGACAGGAACUUAAAAGGCUGUGGGAGGAAAAAAACUGCACACAAGUGAGCUGUUUUUUUUUCACAGACUGGUCCAUGCACACAAACGUAGCGUUACCAGAUUUCAGAUACCACAGCAGACAAGAAAGGUGAAAAAUGUUUGAUAAUGACAGCUUUUUGAAUCUGAAAUGGACAGAGCGUGAGCAUGAGCAGAUGUUUUUCAGCACUUACCUGUAAUGUCAGAGUGUCGAGCGGUUUGGGAGAGUGAUGUUUGAAUUGGAAUACAGUACUUUGAAAUAUGUUCACACUUUGUUACAUUGCAACCUCAAAAUUCAGCUUUUAUUAUUAGGAUUUUAUGUGAUAGACUAUUACAAGGUGGUGCAUACUUGGAAAAUUAAAAGAAAAAGGAUAGUUUACAAACUUCCCAAAGAAAAACAGUGUGCUACACAUUUGUAUUCAGUCUCCUUGCAUCAGAACUUUUGCUGCAGCCACAGCUGCACAACUGGCAAAUCUACAGAUUAAAUCUACACAUUAAAAGUUUUUAUUUGCAAAAGAGCUGCUGCUCAGACAGGAUAGAGAGCUACUGUGAACAUCCUUUUCAAGUCUUGGCUUAAAUUUACCUCUUGACUGAGCCAUUCGUAAUAAGACAUGAUCUAAACUAUUUGUUGUAGCUCUGGAUGUUUUUAGGGAGGUGCUAACCCUAGCCCUUUUUUUUGCUAUGCUGUUUGUGUUGGAGAAGCAUCCCCAAAGAAUAAUGCUGCCACUGUCCUGUGGGUGCAUGGUGCAUUCAAGUUUCAAUCUAUAUUCAGUUGACUUCACUACAAAGACACAAUAUUGUUCAAACAGGUAAACUUUUUUUUCCCCUUUUUCAAUUAUUUCGAUUUGAUGUCUGCAAUACAUUCCAAUGAAGUUGAGAUAUUGUUUUACACAAUAACAUCCCAACAUCACUGGAAUUGGGUUUAUAUAAAGAUUAUAUUUACAGUUUACAUUACAUGAGAAUUUUGGGAUCAUCUGACUAGAGUUCUUUGAUCUUACUCCUAGGUCAGGGGUGCUCAAGUCCAGACCUCAAGAGCUACCAUCCUGUAACUAUCAGAUGCAUCCCUGUUCUAACACACCUGAAUCGUUACCAGGCCUGUUCAUAGCUGAGCCUGAUCUACUGGAGUAAGGCUGCAACUAAAAGUUGCAGGACGGUAGCUCUUGAGGACUGGACUUGAGCACCCCUGUCCUAGGUGGACUACAUUUACUAAGUAUUUGACACUUAGUACAUGUAGUGUCACUGGAUUUUAUUUAUGAGUAUCAGAGUGAAGAGGGUUAAUAAAAAAAAAAAAAAAAAAAACAGCACACCAUAAUUAAAUUACUUUUCAAUUUUUUUUAAUCAUUUACCCUUUCUUGUACUACUCUGUUUGUCCAACCCCUAACUUCCUACUUCUGGAGUGUGUGGUUUUAAUGUCACAAAUGUUAAAAAAGUUAGACAUAUUAAUACAUAUACUUUUAAAUGUAUAUGUAAAAAUUGUUUUUUGUUUUUUUUUUUUUUUUGUUUUUGUUUUUUUUUACUGUGUAAUUCCUGUCCUCCUUUUACCAGGAGGACAGGUAAGCUUCCUAAGCCAUAAUGCUUGCCCUGUGCUGAAGUAACAAACAUUUCAUGUUCAUUUUGCCCAGAUGUAAUUUUGUUUGUCCAGGUCUUGAGUGCGACAGGUGUGCCUACAAGCUAACAUGUGAAACAGUUCUGUGCUCACUAAGCUUGCGCUAAUGUCUGGGAAGUUCAUUGCACACCAACAUGUGCCAUAGUGUGUGUGUGUGUGUGUUUGUGUUUUAAGAUGGAUUUUGUACAAUUAAGCCCUUUUUACUUCUGUGUUUUAUGUAGUUCUGAUGUUUAUCAAGCAGCAAAAGAACACAGCAGGAGGAGGGAAAACAAGUCUGAUUUCUCAUUUUUUUUAAAAAUCAGAAAAAUUGACAGAGAAGGGAGCAAGUUUAAAGAUGCUUCAGAGGAGCAUUGUUCAGAUUUGAAUGUUAGAGCUCCCACAGGCUAAACAUUGGUUUAACUUUCAGGUAUUAGGUGACUGAUGCUCUCUGACUUGUUUCUCCACAUGUAAACAAAAUCCAUCUGUGAGAUUUUGCUUCUGAUUGAUUUAAUGGUUCUCUGGCCAAGCAACAGUGGUUAUCACUCUGACAUGCUUAUUAUCAGCCUCAUACAGUGUGAAUAAAUGAUCAUUGUAUAACA